GUGGCAAUAGAGAACACGUGUUUUUAUUUUUCUUUGAUGUUUAUUUGAAUUUAAUAAAUAUAAUUAUUAUUUAAAGAUAAAUAAAUAGAAUAUUUUUUCAAAAACAUGGAGCCUAGUAAAGCAGACAAAACAAAAAUGAUUAAAAUAAAUAAUAAUUUUGUAUUAUUGAGGAAAGAUGUUAAAGCUGCGCGUCUCGCAGUAAUUCGAAAGUUGACUAAAAAAUUGGCGGCAAUGAAAGCCAAGAAGAGUAAAAAUCCCGACGUUAAAGAUAAAAUUGAAAAAUUAUAUUCACAAGUUAUGGAAAUAAAAAAAUUUAAAAACACUAAGCUGUUUGAUAAAGUAUCAAUAUUUGCAAUGAAAAAUACGCUUAAUUUACAACAAAUUUUGUCUGAUAGUAAAUUCGAUGCUAGGAUAAAAGCAUUGGGCAGAUUGGCAUUUUUCAAAAUUUUGAAAAAUAGUAUCGAUAAAUUUAAAAAAAAUAAUCCAGAGUAUUCUAGUUGGUUGGAAUAUAAGGAGAAACUCAAACCUAAGAAAAAUAAAAAAGAUAAAGAUAAAAAUAGUGAUAAGAAAGUCGAGGGUGAUGGCGACGGGGAAAAUGGAGUAACUGGAGCUAAUAAAAUAAAAAAAGAUAAGAAUAAGAAAGAUGGAAAAGAUAAGAAGGAUAAAAUUCGUGGUAAAGAUAAAAGGGCUUUGGAUGACGAUGAUGAUGAUGACGAUAAUGGAGACGAAAAGGAAAUUGGAGUUUCUGGAGCUAAAAAAAUUAAAAAAGAUUGUGAAGAUGAUGGUCAGGAUGAAGUCGAGCAAGAAAAGGAGGAUGUGAGUGACGAGAAUAGUGAAGAUGAAGAUGAAGAGGAAGAUGAAGAUAAAGAUGAUGAUGAAAUUAAUGAAGAUCAAGAUAAAGAAGAUAAACAAGUUAAUGAUCGUUUGAAAAAAUCUAUUACGAAGACCAGUAAAAUGAGUAAUAAAAGACUGAUUGUUAAAAAGAAUGAUAAUGGUAAAAAAGAUGAUGACGAUGAUAAUAAUAAAGAUGAUGACAUUGAUAAAAAGAAAGAUGAUGAAGCAAAUAAAGUUAAGUUUAAACGUGUAAUUGAUCCAUUCUUCGUUUCUGAUGACAAUAAUCCUAUUUAUUUAGAUAUUCCUCUAAAACCUGAAGCUGAUAAUGAUAAUGAUAAUAGGGAACAUGAAAAUAGACGGGAUAUGAGAAGUAAAAUGAGAAGACCAGAUCGUGAUACUUUUAAUUUUGAUAGAAGAAAUGAUAGAUUUAAUAACGACAGAAAUAAAUUUAGUAACGACAGAAAUAAAUUUAGCAACGACAGAAAUAAAUUUAGUAAUGACAGAAAUAAAUUAAAUAAUGAUAAAAGAUAUUCAAGUGAUAAAAAUAAAUUCAAUAAACAAAAGAUAAAUGACUCAAGUUAUAGUAAUAAAUCAAGUGGAUUUAAAAAAGCAACGAAUAAUGUAAAAAAAGAUAAAAAUGAAAAUAAUGCUGAGUUGCAUCCGUCAUGGGCGGCCCGUAAAAAACAACAAGAUAUUUUAAAACAAGGGUUCCAAGGAAAAAAAAUUGUUUUUAAUGACGAUGAUUAAUUGUUAGUUAAAUAUUUAUUUUUUAAAUUAUAAAUUUAAUUGGAACAAUACUAAAUAAAAAAUUUUUAUUUAAUA